AGUCCGGGCAGCUUAUUAGCUUUCUUGACUUUAUAAAGAAUUCAAGAAAUGCCCUUUAUUCUGCCAUUAAUAAAUAAUUGUGCAAACCAGAGAAGAUAAUCUUCUCUCUCAAAUAUCCACAAAAAUCUGCCCGCUUCCUUUUGGAUUAUCAUAGUUCAUAAAAAUCAAACCAUUAAGCUUUCGAUCUAUCAAAAAUGCGGGCAGAUUUUAUUCUUUUAGCUUCUGAUAUUUAAAUUAUUUAUGUUUUGUUUUUUUUAAAAAAAAUUGGAAGUACCCAGUUGGUAAUUUGUUGAAAUUAUUGUUUAAGAAGAAGAAAAGACUGUGUCUUGAAUUAAUGGGGUUUCUUGUAGAUUCACAAAAGGAAGGUGGGUUAGGUAUAUGGGGAAAUUCUGUAAGAAGUUUGAUUAGGAGAAAACAAGUUGAUUCUGUUCAUGCUAAAGCUCAUAAUUCUCAUCAUCAGUUAGCUAAGGAGCUCUCUAUUCCGCACCUUAUUGCUAUUGGAGUGGGCUCAACUAUUGGAGCUGGAGUUUAUAUUCUUGUUGGAACAGUUGCUAGAGAGCACUCUGGUCCGGCUCUUGCGUUUUCCUUUUUGAUUGCUGGAAUUGCUGCUGCUCUCUCUGCCUUUUGUUAUGCAGAGCUUGCGAGUCGUUGUCCGUCUGCUGGCAGUGCCUAUCAUUAUUCUUACAUAUGCGUUGGAGAAGGUGUGGCAUGGUUGAUCGGCUGGGCUCUUAUAUUGGAAUACACGAUUGGUGGAUCAGCGGUUGCUCGAGGCAUAUCCCCAAAUCUGGCAUUGCUUUUCGGCGGUCAGGACAGUCUACCUGCUUUCCUAGCUCGACAGCAUAUUCCAGGGCUUGAUAUUGUUGUUGACCCAUGUGCUGCAAUUCUAGUGUUUAUAGUUACGGGACUUUUGUGUGUGGGAAUCAAAGAGAGUACCCUAGUACAAGCAAUAGUCACCACUAUCAACGUCUGUGCCAUGAUUUUUGUCAUUAUAGCUGGUAGUUAUUUGGGCUUCAAGAGUGGCUGGCCAGGAUAUGGACUUCCUACUGGGUUCUUUGCCUUUGGAGUGGAUGGGAUGCUUGCUGGAUCUGCGACAGUGUUUUUUGCUUACAUUGGUUUUGAUUCCGUUGCUAGCACUGCUGAGGAGGUGAAGAAUCCUCAACGAGAUUUGCCUCUUGGCAUAGGCUUUGCUCUGUCAAUUUGCUGCAGUUUGUACAUGCUUGUUUCAGUUGUCAUAGUUGGUCUCGUACCUUACUAUGAAAUGAAUCGCGAUACCCCUAUAUCUUCUGCAUUUUCUGAUCAUGGCAUGCAUUGGGCAGCGUUCGUAAUAACUGUUGGAGCUGUUAUGGCUCUCUGCUCGACAUUAUUGGGCUCCCUCCUCCCACAGCCACGGAUUUUAAUGGCAAUGGCUAGAGAUGGAUUACUGCCACCGUUCUUCUCAGACGUUAACAGAAGUACUCAAAUUCCAAUAAAGAGCACAGUGGUGACUGGUAUUGGUGCUGCAGCAUUAGCAUUUUGUAUGGACGUUGACCAAUUAGCAGGAAUGGUCAGUGUGGGCACCCUUCUUGCUUUCACCAUGGUUGCAAUUUCUGUACUAAUUCUGAGAUAUGUCCCACCAGAUGAGGUACCAUUUCCGUCCUCACUUCAGGACACAAUUGAUUCUGUCUCAUUGCAGUACAGUGGGAGUAGUCAGGAUAUUAAAGGUGAUAAGUCUGAGGUUCAUUCUGGCAUUUCUAGCACAUUGCCUUUACUAGGAAAAGCUAGUGCUGCAGUUGUGGCCGUAAAAAAAGAGGCUCAAGUCAACUGCGUUCUAAAAGAAGUGAACAGAAGAAAAAUUGCUGGCUGGACCAUAGCAUUGACAUGUAUUGGAGCAUUGCUUCUUACAUAUUCAGCUACGAACCUGAGUCUUCCCUGGGUUUUCCGCUUUACAUUGUGUGGUGGUGGUGGUGCCCUCCUUCUAUCUGGUCUGGUUGUGCUUACCUGUAUCGAGCAAGAUGAUGCAAGACAUAGCUUCGGGCAUUCCGGAGGUUUUACUUGUCCAUUGGUUCCGCUCCUUCCGAUCAUGUGUGUCCUCAUCAACCUUUACCUGCUGAUUAACCUGGGUACUGCUACAUGGACCCGUGUCUCGAUUUGGCUGGUGAUCGGAGUAUUUGUUUAUGUCUUCUAUGGGCGGAGACACAGCUCGCUUCUUCAUGCGGUGUAUGUGCCUGCAGCUCAUGCUGAUGAAAUUUAUCGCAGUUCUGGAGAUAGUUUAGCUUAGAAACAGCAUAAUUAUUUUGUUGUAUCAUUAUGGGAGCUCCCCGCAUUAUUUUCCCCCUUCCCCAUGUAUGGUUUGCAAUCAGUAUUGUGUGUACAUUAUUAAAAUAUAUAUAGGGGGUGGCUUCUUGGGGAUUCCAACAAACAAUGUAAAUAGUUUGCAAAAUGAAGAAGAAACAUCUCAUUUCUUUUCCUUA